CGCCACUGCCCGAAACCGAGCGGACGCCGACCGAUCAUGGCCAUGGUCAUGGAGAACCAGCAGCCGGUGGCGCAGAUGCAGUUGAUCCCCGCGCCGCCGCGACCGCCUCCCCCUCCGCCGCCGGCGCCCCAGGCGUACAAGCACCACUGCAAGGUGUGCAAGAAGGGGUUCAUGUGCGGACGGGCGCUCGGCGGACACAUGAGGGCGCACGGGAUCGCUGACGACGCACUGGCCGCCGAGGACGCCUUCGAUGACGAUGGUGGUGGCGCCGGCGAAUCGUCCGAGGCGGGGAGCCCGUCGCCGACGACGGCCAAACGCAUGUACGGGCUCCGCGCCAACCCUGGACGGCCACGGAACUGCCGAGUGUGCGAGAACUGCGGGAAGGAGUUCACGUCGUGGAAGUCGUUGCUGGAUCAUGGAAGGUGCAGCUUUGACGAGGACGAGGAUUUGGAUGGCUCGCUGCGUUCGUCGUCGCCGCUGCAUAACACCGACCAAGGCCUAGAGGAGGACGAGGAGGAUGAAGGGGACCUGGCGUUGGCCUCCGGGUGGUCCAAGGGGAAACGCUCCCGCCGCGCUAAGGUGAUGACCAUGUCGGAAGGGCAGCAGCCAGGCCCAUCAAGCGAGGAGGAGGACCUUGCCAAUUGCCUUGUCAUGCUCUCGUCGUCUCGUGUCACGCAACCAGCAGCAGUCAUUGUGGACGCCGACCAGGAGUCGUCCGCAUCAGCGAGCAAGGACGAAGAAAGGAAUAGGCUCAUGGUGCCACAGCCGCUCUCCAUCAUUCCUCCCAUAACUGCACAGUUCAAAUUUUCUGCCCCUCCGAUGGUAGUGGCGCAACACGUUCCAACCGUCCCACGCGGCUUGUUUGAAUGCAAGGCGUGCAAGAAGGUGUUCACCUCACACCAGGCUCUCGGCGGGCACCGUGCCAGCCACAAGAAAGUCAAGGGGUGCUUCGCCGCCAAGCUUGAAAGCAACCGCAAUGAGACUACCACCCAUCAUCAGCCUAUGGCAUCGGCUGCUCUACACGACAACACCAAGGCCAUCCGUGAGGGUGUGGGAGAUACCAGUGCAGAAGCAAAGCCCGCUAAUCGUGAUACCAAUCUCAACGGCAAGGCGACGAGCGUUGGCGCCGGCGAGAUCGUCGUGGCCACUGCAGCGACGGAAAUGGCCAUCAUGCCAAUCGCUGAUGCAGCACCGGCGCCAGUCGCAUUCUCCCCGUUCAAGAAGAAGGGCAAGGUGCACGAAUGCUCCAUCUGCCACCGCGUGUUCACGUCGGGGCAAGCGCUCGGGGGCCACAAGCGAUGCCACUGGCUCACCUCCAGCGCGACGGACCCCGCCAAGCUCCAGCCCGUCGUUCCCGAUCACCUCAUGGCGGCCAUGUGCCACCACCUCACCCUCGGCCGCCCGAUGUUUGACACGGCCGACCAGCGAAUCCUUGACCUCAACGUGCCAACAAAUCCGUCGGCUGAGGCGGUCGCCACCAGACAGGCCGCCGAGCUCAACGAUAUCCCGCUCUGCCUCAACGCGCCGGCGUCCAUGUACGUGCAAUCCUGGACGGGGCACAGCAAUGCUAGCCACGUGAACAAGACCGCGACGAGCAGCCGCAACGACGCGGCUGGCGGAGGCGCCGCGGCCACGGAGGACGAGGCGGAUAGCACCAGUGCGAAGAGGGCCAAGGUCAGCGACCUCAAGGACAUGAAGGUGGCAGGAGAGUCACUGUCGUGGCUGCAGGUUGGCAUCGGCAUUUCCUCGUCGGAGAACAACGAGAAGAGUACUCAGGAGUGAGCCUAGAAGAGUACUCACAGCCGAGGUCACACCAAUUAAUCUACCAAUCAAGUAAUUAAUUAGAUUAUGACCUUUGUUCGGUACGUAUAUAUAUA